AUGCUGCAAGGACUCCACUUCCAAGGUCCCCUGUGGUCCUGGUGGAUUUUCCUGCUGUGUCUAAUGCUUCCCAGAGUCCUGCAGGCUCAGUUUCCCAGGCCUUGCAUCACCUCAGAGGCUCUGGAGAGCCGCACAUGUUGCCCACUCUGGAGGGGGUCUCCCUGUGGCUUCAAAUCAGGGAGAGGGGUCUGUGCACCCCAUCCUGCUAAGGACCUCCCCAGACCAGUCGACUACAGGGUAAACUGGCCUCGUGCAUUCUUUGAUUCAGUCUGCACAUGCCAGGGAAACUAUGAUGGGUUUGACUGUGGUCAGUGCCUGCCGGGUUGGAAGGGACCCCUGUGCAUGCAACGGCACCACAUUGAGAGGAAAGAGAUAACAGACCUGACUGAUGAGGAGAGAGAGACCUUUCUUUCCAGCCUGGACAAGGCGAAAUGGACCUUGAGCGACCGUUAUAUGAUCCUUACCAGCAGCAACACCACAGUGGAGGGAAAUAAUGCAUUUCACAACACAAGCGUGUAUGACCUGUAUGUAUGGAUGCACUACUAUUCAGCCAAGAGUUACGUUCGUUCUGGGAACAAUGCAGCCCAUCGAGGUCCAGCUUUUGGCUUCUGGCACCGUGUGUUCCUACUCUUCAUUGAGAGGGAGAUUAGGGAACUGACAGGGGACCAGGACUUCUACAUUCCCUACUGGGACUGGACCAGGACCAACAGCUGUAACAUCUGCACCAACCAGUAUCUUGGGGGAGUUGCCCCAGAUGGACACAUUGACGGUGCUUCACGUUUCUCAAAGUGGGAGACGAUAUGUCCAUUCCAGGAGUCUCUUAGCAUAAUCUGUAUGGAUCUGAAUGACUCUGGACCUAAGUAUCUGACCCGCAACCCUGGCAAGGACCCUGUGUUUUCGACACUACCUACUGCUGGGGAUGUUCGGGACAUUAUGUCAGCGGAGACCUUUGACACCCCACCAUUUAACAGACAGUCCAGGAACAGCUUCCGGAACAAGCUAGAAGGAUUUGACAUUCCCCAGGACUCUCGCCACCUGAACGCCUCAAUGCACAACUUAAUCCACAGAUAUUUAAAUGGAACCAUGUCUCUGGUCCCGAUUGCAGCCAACGACCCUGUAUUCAUGCUGCACCACAGCUUCAUUGACAAGCUUCUUGAGACUUGGCUAAGGGAGCACGGCGGCGCUACCUACCCCGACAGUGAGCAGGUUCAUCCAGCCCAGAGAGCGCAGGCCUACAUGGCCCCCUUCUUUCCCCUCCGGACCAACAGCUUCUACUGGGGUAAACCCGCCCAAAGCUUUGGCUACAGUUACAAGGAACACAGCCUCCGCCACACCGAAACCGGAGAAAGUGUGCGAAGAGGAGCCGCAGAAAGUGCAGAGGAUAACACAGCUGGCGGGGUUCAGUGGCUUUGGCCUGUUCUGGGCACGCUGGGUGUGGUUGUACUCUGUGUCAUGGUGGUGACCGCUCCGGGCCAGGGUGUUAACCCUCUGUAUGCAGUCUGGGUCAAAAAGAGGAACGAGCACUCUGACGCGUCGUCGCCGACUUCACUCGCCACGCUGGAGACUCUGUCCGAAAAUGUGAAACCCGGACCCGCCAUGCAGGGGGGAGAGAACUCGGAGCACCCCAUCGACAACGAGAACUUCAGCGUGAACAGCGGUUGCUAA